AUGCAACCGUCGCUGCAGGCCCUAAAGAAGGAGGCUCGACUUGCCCGCAAGGUCCCGUCCAUCAUCUCCGUGUCUGACACCAUCAGCAAGGGGAGCAAGAAGGACCCGCGCACCAAAACCCCUCCGGAUAAGAAGAAGGCCAGAACAUUUGAUCAGCCUUCCCCACCAAUCCAAGAGGAGCCUGAGCCUUUCAUCUCUGUCCUGCAAGGAGAUGAAAUCCAGGCUCUGGCAAUUAAGGUGGAAGACCUGGAGAAGCUCCACACUCCCCAGCGUCCCCAAGCAGAGGAGAAGACUCCUAUUACUAAAACAUUCCUCAUUCGAAGACAUCGGCCUGAAGAAGUUGGGAAGAAAACCCAUCUCCUUGUAGCUUAUCCUGCUGAUGCUGAAGAGUCCAAGAAACCACUGACUUAUUCUGGGCCAGGAGGACAGUUUGCUGGUAGCUGUGAACAGAUUCUUCCGCACAGCAUCUUAGGAAGUCUUCAGGAGUUCAAGAAAGAAGCCGUGGCUAGAGGAGAUGUUCAGGUAGCUGAACUGAUUGACGAUUCCCACCUAGAUGUUACAAUGGCAGCUUUAGAGAAGUACAGAGAGAAACAAGGGGGAGGGAAGAGGAAAAAGUUUGACUGGACUCCACCGUCACAGCAUAAGGCUCUCCAGAACUGGCAUCGCAAUAUGGCCCUCAGGAAGAAGCAGCAGAAAUCUCUGUGUAUGCUGCUUCAGAAACCAGCGGAUGAGCUGCUGAUGAAUCUCUCAGAUGAUUUCAGACGAGUCCAGGAAGACCAAGAAGAGCGUUCCCUCAUUGACCGCUGCCUCCCUGCUCUCCAUCCUGGGAAGGGCUACCGCGUAGGAAGUGAGUUCUGGAGCCAGUCCACUUAUAUCGGAGAUGAGCUCACUGGCCUGACCCUGACAUUGACCCAGAAGGAACGUGGCUACCCAGAGCCAGUUACUCACAUCGGGAAACCUCGGACUAUCCGGAUGGAGACAGGUUCCCAGCCACCAAAGGAGCCCCCGUUCCGUCUCACCUGGGACAAAAGUCUUUUCCUGAAGCAUCGAAGACAGGAGCUCAAAUCUCUCCUGGAAGAGCUGGAUUUUAAUCAGCCGGACCUAGAUGGACUGGAAGUGAUUGGUAAAGGGGAGCCUUUCACUUCUGUCUCAGCACAGCCUUUCCCACCCAGUGAGAAAGAUAAUGAGGUUGCCUCUGAAAAGCCGGAGAGUCCAGACCCCUUAGAAGAUUAUCCAGACGUGGUUCCAGAACCCGUGUUCGGUCCGUCUUUGAAUUUCUGUGGACAGCCCGCUCGCUGGAUCAGCAGCAGCACCUCUCACAAAGAUGAAGUUGGCAUUGCUGCCCGGCUCACCUUUGAAGUUCUGGCAGGAGAGAAGGUUGAAUCCUACCUGACCGUGAGCAAUGAUGGCACAGCUGCCAUCUGGUAUGAUUGGCGGAGACUGCCCCAGAAGGUCAUCUUUGAAGAAACCAAGAUGAAAGGGAUACCACGUUUCUACUUCAACACCAGACCGGGUGUGAUUCUGCCUGGGGAAACUAGACACUUUUCCUUCUUCUUCAAGUCAGAGAAAGCAGGGGUCUUCAGUGAGUCUUGGGAGUUUGGCACGUGCCCUGAAUUAUUAGGAGGGGCUCUGCUGAAGGUAUCCCUGUGGGGUAUUGCUGUGUAUCAGGACAAACUGGCUGGCCUAAGGGAGGAAGUGAAGGCUGAUCUGGCCGAGCGAGAAAUGGCCCUUAUCGUGGAGGAGAACCUGAAAGAGCUGCUUGAUCGAAUUCGGACACCAGAGCAAAUCCCCUCUCCGGUGAACACUUACCUCACCGAAGAAGAUUUGUUCCACAGGAAGAACCCAGGGCUGCACUAUCAACACCAAGUGGUGAAGGACCUCCAAGCGCUGUGGAGUCAAUCCACAAGUGUUCCCCCACCGUCGGAGGAGGACGAAAUCUCUCAGCAGAAGAGCGCCAUGCAGGAGCUGUCCAGCCAGAAGGAAAUCUCGGGUUGUCAGAGCACCCUGGAGGUUACUCGCCGGAAGAGUGUUAUUGAGGAGCUCACCCAUCAGCCAGCUCCCGUGGAAGAUGAGGAACCGACCCAGUCCGACUGGAACUUUUCCUUUAAGGAUUUUAAGCAGGCUAUCCAGUCAAUCCCUACAGAGGACCAGCAAGAAGCAGCCCUGGCACAACUCAAUAAGGCAGCAUUGGAGCUUUGUAUGGAACAGAAGCCAGCUCAGUCAGAUCUCCUCUACCAAAUGUGUCUUCAGCUGUGGCGCGAAGCAAUUGAUGGUCUGGUGAGCCACUCUCUGAUGCUGAGAUCGCUGCUGGGCAUGCCCGAGAAGGACCCUUAUGUAGAAAUCGUUCCAGAGGAAACAGUGGACUCAAAGCAAAUUGUAAAAGGAGGAAAGGAGGAGCGGAAAAUCUAUCUGAAAGAAGAGAAGAAGACAGCUGGUGGGAAGGAAAAAGAGGAGAAAAAAGGAACAGCAAAGUUAACAGGAAAAGAUAAGGAGGAGAGGCCAAACAGCAGGAAAUUAAAAGGGGAUAAAAGAUUUAAAACUUCCAGUUUUGUACGGGAGGCGAAAGAACUGAUCUUACCAGUGGACACUGUUGAUUCAGAGCAUGCACUACCUCGCCAGGAACAAGUGGACCCCACCGUACUUGAGAAAUACCAUGAAAAGCUUUAUGUUGGAGUGUACAGCCUACUAGGUUCGAUGGUGAGCACCAUGGCUUCUCUAAUGGAGGAGCUCCUGAAAAAAGGAUGCCUAGAAGCAGGAGAUUGACACAUUUUCUUUCUAAAAAAAACAUUACUGAUGUUCUCUUUAAAGGAAUAAAUGUCCAUGUUUA